AUGCAAGAGUCUGUGCUCCCCGCUUAAACAUUUGGAUAAAUUGUAUUUUAAAAUUGGUACCUAUAGUAAUACAAUGGCUCACAAUGAAUCAACGAAUCAAUAUACAAAAUAAAUUCAAGAAUAUUGCAGGUUUUCCAGGUGUAAUUAAAGGUGGGGCAAUCGAUGGUUGUUACAUAAAUGUUAUGGCACCAAGUGCUCAUCAAAAAUGUUAUCAAAAUAGAUAUUUGACACAUUCAAUAAUUUUACAAGGGAUAUGUACAGCAGAUUAUCUACUUACAAAUGUAUUUGUUGAUCAUCCCGGAUCUGCUAAUGAUUGCAGAGUAUUAUCUAAUUCACGUUUAUACAUCGAUGUUGAAGCAAAUGGAUAUACUCUAAAUAUUUUUUAUCAGAUCAACAUUUAUUAGGUGAUAAAAUAUACCCUAUAAAAGAAUGGCUUCUACCUCCUUUUAAAGAUUAUGGCAAUAUUACACACAGGCAGACAACAUAUAACAAAGUACAUAGUAAAACAAGAGUAAAAAUUGAAAACUGUUUCGCUUUAUUGAAAGGACGAUGGCGAAGGUUGAAAUAUAUAACAGUAUAUAAAAUAGUAAAAGCUUCAAAUAUUAUAAUGGUAUGUUGUGCUCUACAUAACUUUUGCCUCCUAAAUAAUGAUUUGGUUGAAACACUAUUUGAUGCUAAUAUUGAAAGAAUUGAUGCAAUACAAUUUUAUAGAAGAGAUGAAAGAAAUAUUGCGAUUGAUAAAAGAAAUGCUAUAAUAAUGCAAUUGUCAGAAAGAAGAUAAGAUAUAAUUUUCUCUUAAGUUUAUAAACAUAUUAUUUAUUCUCUUUGAUUUAAUACAUA